AUGGAGCAUCCAGCAUUUACAUUAUCAGGUCUUUGUGCCAUUGGUGGUAUAAUGGGUUAUAUUAGAAAGGGUUCAAUACCAUCAAUUAUAGCAGGUUUAACAGUUUCAACAUUAUAUGGAUAUUCAGGAUAUUUAUUAAAAAAAAAUUCAAAUUAUGGAUUAGAAAUUGCUUUGGGAACAAGUUCAUUGUUGUUAAUUGCUGGAUUAUCUAGAUCUAUCCCAACUGGUUUUCAAAAACCUAUUCCCUUGGUUUUAUUAUUUUUAGGUGGUUUAUCUACUGGUUAUUAUUUAAAAAAAUAUAAUGAAUUUUAUCCAUUUUUUGCAAAUUAA